GGAGGGGGGGCGGGGCGGCGGCGGCUGCUGCUGCUGGAGCAGGGCAGAGACCGUCGGGUCUCGGCCCGCACUAGGAGUGGAACAAUGCCAGCUGCCACCUGCUGGGACUAUCUCCAGUUACAGUCUGAAGGCUGGAAAGAGGGUUUGGCAAACUAAGCACCUCUAGCAGUUCUCUGGGACUCACGCUAUGGUGGAGGUGUGCCCAGGGCUGGGACCUGUCGCUAUGGGGGAUAUGAAGACCCCUGAUUUUGACGACCUCCUUGCUGCCUUUGACAUCCCAGACAUUGAUGCAAAUGAAGCCAUCCACUCUGGGCCAGAAGAAAACGAGGGGCCAGGAGGCCCAGGGAAGCCAGAGGCCAGUGUGGGAGGUGACUCUGGAGAUGCAGCAGCAGCUGCUGGGGAUGGCCCUGUGGUUCCAGCCCAGGUCUCUGACCAUGGCCUGCCACCACCAGACAUUUCCGCUGUCAGUGUCAUUGUCAAGAACACUGUGUGUCCUGAACAGUCUGAGACCCUGGCUGGUGGUUCAGGAGGAGAAGGGGCCCGGGUUGGGGGGGUAACUAAGGAAGGACCCGUGGGGUCCCGUCUGAUGCAAAAUGGUUUUGGGGGCCCUGAGCCAUCCCUCCCAGGAGCCCCCCACUCGCCAGUUCCUCCCAGCAGUGGCACCUGGAAAGAAAAAGCCAUGGAAGGCAAAGCUCCUUUGGACCUUUUUGCUCAUUUUGGGCCUGAACCAGGGGAGCACCCUGAUCCCCUGCCUCCCUCUGCACCCUCCCCACCUCGGGAGGGGGCCAUGACCCCACCUCCUUUCCCCUCUUCCUUUGAACUGGCCCGAGAGAAUGGUGGUGCUCUGCUGCCAUCCAGUUCUUCUCCACCGCUAGGGACCUUGAAGCAGGGCAGCUGUAGCCCUCUCCCCUCCCAAAGCCGAGCCCGAAGGGGCUCAGGCUCCAGCCCCGAGGCCAUAGGCAUCCCAGCCAGUGCCUCGCCACCCCAGGUGACGGGUGUGCCCUUCUUCAAGCAGUCUCCAGGGCACCAGAGCCCUCUUACCUCCCCCAAAGUACCCGACUGUCAGCCCCUAAAGGAAGAAGAUGAAGAGGAACCAGUGGACAAGUCCCCCCCAGGAAGUCCCCAGAGUCCCUCUAGUGGAGCUGAGGCUGCAGACGAGGACAGCAACGACUCCCCUGCCUCUAGCUCCUCUAGGCCCCUCAAGGUGCGGAUUAAGACCAUUAAAACGUCCUGUGGAAAUAUCACGAGGACGGUAACCCGGGUCCCCUCAGACCCUGAGCCUCCAGCCCCCUUGGCCGAGGGAACGCUCCUCGCCGAGGCUAGCAUUUUGAAAUUGUCUCCUGCAGCCCCGAACCCUGAGGGUCCAAAGGUGGUGAGUGUGCAACUAGGGGAUGGCACGAGACUGAAGGGCACUGUGUUGCCUGUGGCCACCAUCCAGAACGCCAGUACUGCCAUGCUGAUGGCAGCCAGUGUGGCUCGCAAAGCUGUGGUUCUGCCAGGGGGGACUGCUACCAGCCCCAAGACAAUGGCUAAGAAUGUGCUAGGCCUGGUGCCUCAAGCCCUGCCCAAGGCUGAGGGACGGGCAGGGCUGGGCACAGGAGGGCAGAAGGUGAACGGUGCCUCAGUGGUGAUGGUGCAGCCUUCAAAGUCGGCCGCAGGGCCAGGUACAGGCGGGGGCACGGUGAUCUCUCGGACCCAGUCCAGCCUGGUGGAGGCCUUCAAUAAGAUCCUCAACAGUAAGAACCUGCUGCCUGCCUAUCGGCCAAAUCUGAGCCCACCUGCUGAGGCUGGCCUGGCCCUGCCUCCGACUGGCUACCGCUGCCUUGAGUGUGGCGAUGCCUUCUCGUUGGAGAAGAGUCUGGCACGACACUACGACCGCCGGAGCAUGCGCAUCGAGGUCACCUGCAACCACUGUGCUCGCCGCCUGGUCUUCUUCAACAAGUGCAGCCUGCUCCUGCAUGCGCGUGAGCACAAGGACAAGGGGCUCGUCAUGCAGUGCUCCCACCUGGUCAUGAGGCCUGUGGCUCUUGACCAGAUGGUGGGGCAGCCGGACAUCACGCCCCUGCUGCCUGUGGCCAUCCCACCUGCCCCAGCACCUCCGGCCUUCUCUGCCUUGGGCAAGGGUGAGGGGGCCAUUGCCACCUCUGCUGUUACCACAGUUGCAGCCGAGGCCCCGGUGCUGCCACUAUCCACAGAACCGCCUGCUGCCCCUGCCACCUCCGCUUACACGUGCUUUCGCUGCCUGGAGUGCAAGGAGCAGUGCCGGGACAAGGCCGGCAUGGCGGCCCACUUCCAGCAGCUCGGGGCUCCUGCCCUUGGAGCCACCAGCAAUGUGUGCCCGACCUGCCCCAUGAUGCUCCCCAGUCGCUGCAGCUUCAGUGCCCAUCAGCGUGUGCAUAAGAACCGAGCCCCCCACGUCUGUCCCGAGUGUGGGGGCAACUUCCUGCAAGCCAAUUUUCAGACCCAUCUUCGGGAGGCCUGUCUGCACUUCUCUCGCCGUGUAGGAUACAGGUGUCCCAGCUGUUCCGUGGUGUUUGGGGGUGUGAACUCCAUCAAGUCCCACAUCCAGACGUCACACUGCGAGGUGUUCCACAAGUGCCCCAUCUGCCCCAUGGCCUUCAAGUCUGCACCCAGCGCCCACGCCCACCUCUACAGCCAGCAUCCAAGCUUCCACACGCAGCAGGCCAAGCUGAUCUACAAGUGCGCCAUGUGCGACACGGUCUUCACUCACAAACCCCUCCUCUCCUCACACUUCGACCAGCAUCUGCUGCCCCAGCGUGUCAGUGUCUUUAAGUGCCCGUCCUGCCCUCUGCUCUUUGCCCAAAAAAGGACCAUGCUGGAACAUCUCAAGAACACCCAUCAGUCUGGACGCCUCGGAGAGGAGACUGCUGGUAAAGGGGCUGCGGGUUCCCUUCUCACUCCCAAGUCUGAGCCUGAGGAGCUGGCUGUGUCUCGAGGAGGAGAAGCCCCCGCUACGGAAGAGUCUUCUUCAUCCUCAGAAGAAGAGGAACUGCCCAGCUCCCCUGAGCCCCCGCGUCCAGCCAAACGGCCCCGACGGGACCUAGGCAGCAAAGGCGGCAAGGGUGGGGGCGGGGGGCCUGGGGGCUGGGCCUGUGGCCUCUGUCACUCCUGGUUCCCUGAGCGGGACGAGUAUGUGGCCCACAUGAAGAAAGAGCAUGGCAAGUCCGUGAAGAAGUUUCCCUGUCGCCUGUGCGAGCGCUCCUUCUGCUCCGCCCCCAGCCUGAGGCGCCACGUCAGGGUCAAUCACGAGGGAAUCAAGCGAGUGUAUCCCUGCAGGUAUUGCACAGAGGGGAAACGCACCUUCAGCAGCCGCUUGAUCCUGGAGAAGCACGUCCAGGUCCGGCAUGGCCUGCAGCUCGGGGCCCAGUCCCCUGGCCGGGGGAGCACACUGUCUCGGGGGCCUGGUGCCAGGGUCCAGGGGCCAGGACGGAAACGCCGUCAGUCUUCCGACUCGUGCAGUGAGGAGCCUGAUAGCACAACGCCGCCAGCCAAGUCCCCCCGGGGUGGACCUGGGUCAGGAGGCCAUGGCCCCCUGCGCUACAGGAGCGGCGGCUCAGCGGAACAAAGCCUCGUGGUGGGGCUGAGGGUGGAUGGCGGUGCUCAGCAGUGCCUCGACUGUGGCUUAUGCUUUGCCUCCCCUGGCUCCCUGAGCCGGCACCGUUUCAUCAGCCACAAGAAGAGACGGGGUGCGGGUAGAGCCGGUGCCCUAGGGCUAGAGGAAGGGGAGGAAGAGGCCCCCCCUCCAUCCAGGUCUGACCCAGAGGGUGGAGACUCGCCCUUGUCUGCUUCUGGAGGCCCACUGACCUGCAAGGUCUGUGGCAAGAGCUGCGACAGCCCCCUCAACCUCAAGACCCAUUUUCGCACGCAUGGCAUGGCCUUCAUCAGGGCCCGGCAGGGGGGCAGUGGGGACAACUAGGCCCUGACCUGGGAACGGGCCUGGGACUGAUGCGUUCCCUGUGCCCCAGAAGCCUGGGUUUCACUGCUGCUGCUGGUCCCUGGGCUGGGGAGUUUUAACAUUCGCAUUUCGUUCAGUUCCUCUCUCCCAUCUCUGAAGAAAAAAGGCUUGUGAGGAUCAUAGUUACUUGCAAUCCUCUCUUUGGGUUUGGCCCUUGGGUACUAGUUAAGAGUGGCC